CCGUCAGUUAACCACGGCGUUAGUCGAGAUUAAGACGCGCAAUUAAUCUCUCUCCGGUUUCAGUUUCUGUAAAUAAAUAAAUGAAAAAAAUUUUAAAAAAUUAUUAUCUUGAAUUUUAUUUAAGAAAAUAAACAAAAAAGUGGAUUUUUGAACAAAAAAAAAAAAAAAAAUAUGUCAUCAGUGCCUUUAAAAAAAUUCAAUGCAGACUACAGUGAAAUCCCGCACGACGAUGAUUACCGGGAACAAUUUCCCUCCAUGGGAAAUCUCGUGAAACGCAGCGCCCAAAGUUGCUGCUCCGCAAAAAUGCUCAAACGUCGCAUUCCCGUUGCCUCGUGGGCUCCCAAGUACAAAACUAAAUUUUUAUUUGAGGAUUUAGUGGCGGGCGUAACUGUUGGGUUGACUGCUAUUCCUCAAGGUAUCGCAUAUGCCGUUGUUGCAGGACUUCCGCCGCAAUAUGGGCUGUAUUCGGGCUUCAUGGGCUCAUUUAUGUACAUUUUUUUCGGAAGUUGCAAAGCGACAACAAUUGGUCCAACCGCAAUUAUGGCUUUAAUGACGCAACCUUACAUCACGGGAAAAUCUCCUGACUUUGCGGUGCUUUUGGCGUUUUUAUCGGGGAUUAUUACGCUAAUUUUGGGCUUACUUAAUCUCGGAUUUUUGGUGCAAUUUAUUUCGACGUCAGUUAUUUCGGGAUUUACGACAGCAGCUGCCAUCACAAUUGCGAGCGGGCAAAUUAAAUCGUUGCUCGGACUUCCGGGAAAAGGCACGGAGUUCCUCGAGGCGUGGGAAAACUUCUUCAAAAAUGUCAAAUACACAAAAUGGCAAGAUGCGACUCUCGGGAUCUCAUCAAUUGUCGUUCUGUUAUUGCUCAAGAAAUGCGGCGAACAUCGAGGACGUUGGCGAAGUCUCGCAAAGUACAUUUCGUUAUCGAGAAAUGCCAUUAUUGUGUUUGCGGGCGUCUUGAUUGCGUACUUAUUUGAUAUUAAUGGCAUGGUACCGUUCCAGCUGACGGGCGAAAUUGCCAGGGGAUUUCCGCCGUUCACUCUACCGCCGUUUUCGACAACCGUCAACAACGAAACAAUCGGCUUCAGUGCAAUGCUGUCGGAAUUGGGAUCCGCUACAAUUGCCAUUCCGCUGAUUUCCAUUUUGGAAACUGUGACAAUUGCCACGAUCUUUUGCGAGAAAGGUUCCGCAGUCGAUGCCACGCAGGAAAUGAUCGCUUGCGGUUUGUGUAACAUUGUCAAUUCUUUUGUGUCGGCGAUGCCAACGACAGGUUCGUUCACUCGGAGUGCCGUCAAUCAUUCGAGCGGUGUGCGUUCGCCGUUAAGUGGACUUUUUACGGGAGGACUUGUGCUGAUGGCGCUUGGAUUAUUGACGAGUACUUUUUAUUAUAUUCCGAAAUCAACUUUGGCAGCGGUUAUCAUCGCUGCCAUGUUCGGCAUGGUCGAAUUCCACGAAAUCUGGGAGACAUUCAAGACAAAACGUAUCGACGUCAUUCCCAUACUCGUUACGUUGUUCGCCUGCCUCUUCAUCGGCUUGGAAUACGGCAUUCUCGUAGGAGUCGGCGUGAAUUUGUUGAUGGUUUUGCUAAGUAGCUCCCGGCCAACGAUUGAUCUCGAACACAGUAUUGUAGGCGAGCACGAGUUGCUCCUCGUCACACCGAAGCAGAAUUUGAUAUUUACCUGUGCCGACUUUUUCCGCUACAAAACCGUCAAGUAUGUCGUGCAAAACCGCCAUGUCGACUGGAUUGCCAUCAACGGCGAAUACAUACAAAAUGUUGAUAUGACAGCGAUGAAGAAAUUAGCGAACAUGAUUGAUAGCUUGCAGGAUCAAGGCAAAAACGUCGUCCUGUGGAAUUGGAAUCACAAAGCUGCCUUCAACAUGGUCAUGCGAUAUCGCAGCGACUUGCGAAAUUUAUUCAAAUUUUCCGUUAAUUCAGACGAUUUAAUUUUCCAGCUCAAGAGUGACGUCAAGUCGCCGAAUAAUAAUCAUGUGUCUGAAGUUAUUACACGAUAAUAAUAAUGUAAUUUGUGUCUACUUAUGUAAAUUGUGUUGUCAGAAAAUAAAGAAAACGAAGAAAAA